AUGACAAAUGAUAAGAUCUUGGUAUUAGCAGGUGAGAAGAGCGAGAUGUUAAGCUUGGUGAAGAAGACUUUCUAUUCUAACAAAGGAAUCUUUCUCCGUGAACUUAUCAUUAAUGCUUCUAAUGCUUUGGAUGAAAUCCAAUUUGAGAGGCUCACGAAAAAAAAUAUUUUAAAUAAUGAUGAACUAAUUGUUAGAUUAAUCCUUCACAAGGUUAACAAAACACUUUCUAUCAUCGACAAUGGUAUUGGCAUAACCAAAGUAGAUUUGGUCGAUAAUUUAGGUGUUGGCUUCUACUCUACUUAUUUGGUUGCUCAUAAGGUUAUCCUCACCUCCAAGCAUAAUGACGAUGACCAAUAUAUUUGGGACUCUCAACCUGGUUCCUCUUUCUUUUUAACCAAGGAUAUCGAUGACCAACGACUCCCUAGGGGAACUAAAAUCACCCUCUUCCUCAAGGACGAUCAAUUGGAGUACUUGGAAGAGACCACCAUCAAGAAUCUCAUUAGCAAAGACUGUCAACAAAUUACCCAUCCUAUUUACCUUUGGAGCGAGAACACCAAAGACCAUUGGAAACUCAUUAACAAUUGGUUGCACGACCAAGAGAUGCGCAAUAAAUUUGUGGCUCAAAAUCUUGGAAAACAUUUACCAGAUCAUCUUGAAUUCAACGUUCUUUUCAAAUUGUCAUUGAAAUCUCUUAAAGAUUUGGGUGCAUACGCAAAUCAUGGGCUCUCUUGUUGGAAAAUCCAAUUUCACGAACCUUUUGCGCUUUAA